CGAAAAGCAACCAUUGUAAAAGAGUCGUUUUAAAUGUCAGUUUGACAUAAAGAAAAAGAUGACUACUGAUGAACGAAAUUUUCGAUCAACGUAUUAUGAAAAAGUUGGUUUUAAAGGCGUUGAAGAAAAAAAAUCAUUAGAAAUAUUAUUAAAAGAAAAACCAUUAGAUAAAGUAAAAUUAAAACAAUUUUGUUUACGUUUUACUGUACCAGCUAUAUAUAGAAAUUUAUUAUGGAAAAUUUUAUUAGAUGUGAUACCAGUUUAUGUCGAUGCCCAUCCGUUUGUAAUGCAACAACGUGAACAGCAAUACAAAGAUCUUGAGCAUGCAUUAAAAGUGAUGCGUUUCAUCGAUUCUAACACUACCAAAUCUGCUCAGUAUUAUGCAAUGUGGUCAUUAGAAUAUACAAAUAAAAUCAAUUAUAUUACUCAAUAUGAAAACAGUUUUAUAGCUAUUGCACAAUGUUUGAUAGAAAUGUUUGCAGAACAGCAGAGUCAAAUGAAUAACAUUGAUAUAUACUGGUUAACAAAAGGUUUUAACACUAUUGUAAUACAAUAUUAUAAUGAUAUACCGAUAUGUAUUGAGCGUAUGAUCACGUUAUUGGAGAAAGAGGAUGCAGAAUUAUAUAAAUGUUUGGAGAAAUUGGAUGCAUUUAAGGUCUUACCAUUCACAAAUUGGUAUUUAUGUUGUUUUGCUGGUGUGAUCAACGAAACUUCAUUAGCCAAAAUAUGGGAUAAAUUAUGCGCAGGAUCCUUUAAAAUUCUAGUAUUCGUAGGGGUUGUGUUAUUAACAACAUUAAGACGAGUUUUAAUUCGUUGUACAAAUGCUGUUGCAAUACUUGAAUGUAUUGAAAAGAUAACAGAAGAAACAGCUGAAGUCAUUGUAAAUAAGGCAAUUGAAGUAUGGCAACAAAAUGGAUGUGCAUUGACAUUACAAUCAGAUCAAAAUGUUAACACGACAUCAAAUAUUUAUAAAAUUAAA